CUGAUCCAUUGAAAAGUUUAAACAGUAGCCAAGUGAAAAUAUCCCGUGCAAAUAACCCAUCCUCAGCUUACCAGUCAUUUUCCUAACCAUGCGUGCGCGCACCCGCCAAAUGUACGAGCGCAUAACCGUUUGUUGACUGAGCCGGCAUUUGAAUUUUUGCCUGCCACAUUCCCACACGACCACGCCCACUUCUUCCUUAUUCUGUGGUUUGGAAAAAGUUUUUCAGACUCUUUUCCGAGAUCUAUCACCGCCGCAGCUGUUGCUAUAAACAUAAACAAUUUGCUCUAAAGCAAUUUUCCGCCGGCGGAAUUGCUUGUGCUGUAGAAUACAUACAUAUCGUAUAUGCUACAGUGGAUGUGUGCGCGCGCCUAUACAUCCAUGAACGUUCUGCUGACAUUAACAAAACACGCAUUCGUCUUCUUAAAUAUCUGAUCUUUCGUCACUACAGCUGCGCGAAGUAUGGCCUUGCACUUCAUGGCAGAUGAUUAAUAGUUUAUAAACAAAUUUUAACAACUGUCUCGCUGCUCUCUUGCUGCACAAUUGGAAGCCGACUGUAAUUCUGGGUCUGUAUAAUCAAGAGUUUGAAAGAUGAUUAAUUUAUCAAAGUUGGCCUUUUAAUAUUGACAAUGCCGGGAAGAAUCUUCCGGUUGUGUGGACGAAAAAACCCCCUCAUUAUCCACAGUGUGUGUUGUAUCGGACGCGCGGGAAUAAGUUCCACGGAAGGAGGACGCUUCUGUUAAAAGCCUGAACAUUGUCUGUGGUCAUGAACACAAUAUUCAUCGUGAUAUUUGCUUAUUUAUUCCCGGUGUCUUCUCCACUUUUUACCAUUACGCGCGUACCUGUGCAGCCCGAUCGACCAGCUUUUAGCGACGUUCCGCGUGAUAUCCGGUAAACUUUAUGGAGAACCGGAUUUCCAACUUCUCGCACGAUGUUUUGGUAUCAAAUAACCAGGCCGUUCCUACUAGUGCGAAUCAUUCCCUGCUCGUCCAAGUGCCGAUCGCCGUAAUCUUAGCCAUCUUUAUUUUGAUCGCUAUCACCGGAAAUAUUUUAGUUUGCAUUGCCAUCUGCACGGAUCGAAACCUAAGACAUAUAGGAAAUACGUUUGUUGCAUCUCUUGCCAUUGCUGAUUUACUGGUUGGAAUAAUUGUAAUGCCUAUGGCGCUCUUCAACGAUCUGCUUGGAUACUGGAGUUUACCGCAAUUCUUGUGUGGAAUCUGGGUCUCCUUUGACAUAAUGGGAUCGACUGCCUCGAUACUGAACCUGUGCGCUAUCAGUUUGGAUCGUUAUAUCCACAUAAAAGAUCCACUCCACUACAGCGCCACCGUAACGCCGCGGGUCGUCAUUCCCUCUGUGAUUCUGAUCUGGUUUCUUUCGACAUUAAUAUCCUUUGUCCCGCUGAAUCUGGGAUGGCAUAAACCAUUGCAACAAGCCGACACGGCGCUGAGCGCGUCGGAUAUGCGCUCCAAUGUAACGGAAAUUCUCAUCUACAUGCAGUCACUGGCGGCCAGUAAUAACGACAGCCGCGUUGACAACGGUAUCGUGCAGCCGUUGGCGGUCGUUGACGGCAGUGAUGCCUUCUUCCAGUGCAAUCUGGAGAUCAACCCCAUGUACGCGCUGACCAGUUCCAUUAUCAGUUUUUAUUUUCGUCUGAUUAUGCUCUUCAUCUAUCUGCGGCUGUAUUUUGAAGCGCGCCGACACGUGAAGAGUGUCAAAGAGAUGGCACAUAUUGUGUAUUACAACAACUGCAAUACCACGGCAUCCAACAAUCAGCUGCAGGCCACCACGGCCGGACUAUCCAGUCGGAAUAAUCGCGGGAGUAAUGGCUCCCGACAGCGCACCAUAUCCGAUGCUGUGGCUAAUGCUCAAAAUCGUAUGAUCUCCGAACAUAAAGCAGCGGUAACACUGGGCAUCAUCGUUAGUGUUUUCCUGAUUUGUUUGGCCCCGUUUUUCGCCAUAAACAUCAUACACGCCAACUGUCAGUGUAUUCCGAUGAUGACCUUCAAAGCCCUAACCUGGUUAGGAUACUGUAAUUCUGCUUUUAAUCCCAUUAUUUAUUCAAUUUUCAACCAAGACUUUCGCAAAGCGUUCCGGAAACUGCUGCAGUUCCACAAAUGUUGUACGAGUCCAAUGGAUUCAACGUCGAGGGAUCAGGCAUUUUCGUACGCGAGUGGUAACUCAGCACCGGUUACGCCGACCGUCCGAUCGCGCAUGAACCGUGACCAACAAGACUUAUAACUGCUGCUGUAAAUGUUUAUAUUUAUUUGCACUCUGUAGCAUUGUCACUGAUAAAACAGUUUACUUGUGUUUGUUGUUCUGUUUAAGAAGUAUUGCUUGUCUUUCGUUGUUAAUACGUCUUCGCCAUUCUAAUUUCAAAGUGAACACCUGCUCUGUACUCCAACAUUGUGCUAAUCGUUGAUAUGAUUAAUAUCGCUAGCGUUUACAAACCAUUCAUGGAAUACGAUAGAA